GGUUUCGUCGAGAUCUGUUAGAGCAAAGGACCUUCAAAUGCACCAAAAAUGGAAAGAUAGAGAAACUAGUCCUGAACGUAACAAAGUUUGGAUUGAAAAUCCAAAUCACAAGCUCAAAUCUGAACGCAAAGUGCCUGUUGUUUAUUAUCUCACUAGAAAUGGACAACUUGAACAUCCUCAUUUCAUGGAAGUUCCACUUUCUUCCCCUGACGGACUUUAUCUUAGAGAUGUGAUCAACCGCUUGAAUUUUCUCAGGGGAAAAGGCAUGGCUUCCCUUUAUUCCUGGUCUGCCAAAAGAAGCUACAGAAAUGGAUUUGUAUGGCACGAUUUGGCGGAGCAUGAUUUUAUAUAUCCAGCACACGGCCAAGAGUACGUUCUCAAAGGAUCAGAACUUGUUGAUGGUGAAACAAUGCUGACAUCUCAAUCGGAAGAAGAAGUAGAAUUUUCCACUUCCAAAAAUCAGGUGCCGGAAGUGAGAAAACUCAGCGAAGAUCACGAAUUUCCGGCAGUUUCACGGCGUCGCAACCAGUCCUGGUGUUCUGCCGACUUCCACGAAUACAGAGUCUACAAAGCAGAGUCGUCCAGUAACGAAUCCUCAGGAAAAGCCGCCGCCGAUGCUUCAACUCAGACCGACGAACGCCGUCGCCGGCGAAGAGAAAUCGGAAUUGCCGAAGAAGAAGAAGAUUACCAGAGUAUCGAGCAAACUCAAAGCCAGUCAACAGAACUUAGCAGAGGCGAGAUUUCACCUCCGCCGUCUGAUUCAAGCCCGGAAACACUUGAAACGUUGAUGAAAGCCGACGGGAGGGUAAUCGUACGGCCAGAAACUGUCAAUGAAGAUCAAACGGCUGCUAAUAAUCAAUCAAAUGGAAAGAGCAGAGGAUCUUCCGUGUUGAUGCAAUUAUUAUCGUGUGGGUCAAUGUCGUUCAAGGACUGUGGGCCCGGUGGUUAUGGAAAAGAUCAUGGGCUUUCAUUGAUUUCACAUUACAAAUCCAGGGUGCCACGUGGGCCGGGAUUGAAUUCGGUGGAGAAAGGUGCUGAGAUUACUACGGUGGAGCAUCACGGAAUCACAAAGCUAGAAGAUAAAGAGUACUUCAGCGGAAGCUUGAUAGAGACAAACAAGGACGAAUAUCCAGCUCUGAAAAGAUCUUCAUCAUUUAAUGCAGAUCGGAGUGCAAAGUUGGAAAUAAGGGAGAAGGAGAUAGAAGGGGUGAGAGCAAAAUGCAUUCCAAGAAGGCCAAAGAAUCAAUCCAGCAGAAAGGAAUUAGGAAGCAGCACUGACUUGUCUUGCGGUAGCAGUGGGGCUAGUAUUUCUAGUAGUAGCAGUAGCCAACAUGGUAGCAAAAGGCUAGUGGUUACACCCCAACUCUAGAUAUAGAGCUAAAUUAAGCAACAGUAGUUUAGAGGAUGAUCAGAAGCAUUCACCAAAACAAUCUCCUCUAGUUCUGA